AUGCUAAAGUCUAGUGCUAUUAAAAUAAUAACAUAUAUUCGAUUUAAUGAUAUUGUCAUAAUUCCAGACCAAGAGUCUGAACAGCAAACUUAUUUAUCUAAUAAUUCAUCUGACAAUUUAUCAGAUGAAGAUUCUGAACAAUCUAAUGAUGGGUUUAGUUUAGAUAAUAAUAAUUGUAACUCCAACAAGCCAGAUCAUAGUUGGAUUUUAAUUUGGGCGUUCAAGUAUCAAGAAAGAUUCCAGCUUCCAAAAGUCGGGAUUAAUUUAUUAAUAUUCUUCUUAAAGCUUCUUUUGUCUCAUUUGGAUAGAAAAAGAUUUGAAAACUUUCCUUCAAACAUCAAUAAAGCCAGAAAAUUAUUAAAAAUUAAAAUAAAAAAUAAAAAAUUCACGACUUGCCCUGACUAUAAUAAGUUGUACAAUAUUGAUACUAUUCCAAAAAAUACUGAUAAUAAUAAUCUAGAGUUUAAGUGCACGCACAUUGAAUUUCCUAACUAUCCAUUAAGAUUUAAACGUGAACCCUGCAGAUUAGAAUUGUUAGUUAAAAUACCAAUAGGUGAUAG